AUUGGUAAGAAGUGCCGACUAGUUGUAUAAACGACGUGUCGUCGAUGACGAUCAAUUGUUUUCGUAUUACAUGGUGUACUUGAUUAUGCACCAAAACAGAUCGCCGGGCAGAUGAAAAGAAAGAGAAAUACGGCAUCGUUAGCCUGUGAAUAGAGAAAGAGGUUUGAGAAAGCUCCAAUGGCAGAUACGAAGGAAUUUGUGGAGGCAGAUAAUGCAGAGGCCAUAAUCACCAGAAUCGAACACAAAUCUCGCAAGAUCGAAAGCUUACUUAAACAGUUCAAACCUGUGGAAGCUCUGAAAACCGCCCUCGAAGGUUCACCUCCCAAUACACGAGACGAGCGAUGCAAGUCUGCGAAUUGGCUAGUGGUGCAUAGAGCUAUCAUGGCUAUAAAGGAUGUGGAUGGGAUGUUCUCUUCCUUGGACCCUGAGUAUUACGAUAUUCUUAUGAAGUACUUGUAUAGGGGUUUAUCUACUGGAGAUCGACCCACAUGCGAUCAGUGCCUACGAAUACAUGAAAAAUUGACAGAGAAAGCUGGCUUGGGUUGCAUAUUGCGUGCUCUUGCAGACACUGCAAAUACUGUUUGACUUAACAACUGCAUCUAAAGAUUUUUGCAAACAAAUUAUUUGCCUUGUUAAAUAAGAAAAAUUGUUGGCUCUUAUUAAACAACGGAAAAUGUGGUAUUCACAAUGCAACUAAUUGUUCCAAAUUUGUCAUUAAUUUCUCAGUCGAAUGUGUUUGUUGAAGUUC